AUGGCUCAGCGGUUCGUCUGGCGAGGCCCUUGGUUUGACAACUUUAUGCCGAGUGAUGGUGGAUUUUGUAACUGUUAUGAGAGCCUGUCGCCGCACAACCGCGAGAUCGGCAUAAUGGGGUUUCUCGUAAGCUGUAGACAGGCUUACUUCGAGACAAUCGAUAUCCUCUACGGUACCAAUAUCAUCAUGUUGAGAAGCGAGGUCUUGAUGCUUCAUUUACCCGAGCUACUUGUACCGCAGCGGCUGGAAAGCAUUACAUCUCUGGAGCUCCUCAUCAAGGCACGUGAAGUCAAUGAAGGCCAGCGCGCCGUCCGCCAGGACUUCAGUCAUCUUGCCGUGAUACUCGAACAUGUUGUUGCAUACUGCCGACACCGUCUUAGAAGCUUGUGCAUCUCUCUACAGGGCUCGCCUCGAAGUCCUCCUCACACCUUUUUUGACGGCAAAGGAUCACCGCUGCGCAUGAUCGACGAGUUCUACCUGUCGAUGGAACCCCACCUCAACAUGAGGGUAGAGAUACCACAGUACCUCUAUUCUACCUAUACGGGCCACACAGUCACCCUCAAAGCGCAGCAUUCUCUCGAGCUGAGAGAGGACAAGGAUGGAAAGCCUCUUUGGCAGUCUCCAUGGCGAUGUUUCGACAGCGUGGGAAAGAGGGAAGGGGGCCGACUGUUGGACGAGCCAGAAACGCAAUGGCGCAGCGUUGGCAACUAUCCGCGCCCACCAUUGCAGGUGCCAACAGAGGGAAAUGCGGACAAAUGCAUACCAAGUCUUGGGUACUGGAUAUCCGAGGGUGAGCCGGAUACGACACCACGCCGGGAGCAUAUUUGUUUUUGA